UUUUGCUCACCUAAUUUCAUGCCACACCCUCAUUUGCAUAUUCCUAAUAUCCUUAAGGGACAAAAACUUCUAUCACCUUAAGAUAUUUUUGAAUGUCCCACGCGCAAAUGACCAUGAAAAUGAAUAUUUUUCUUGGUGUUUGACGAAGAUGUCAAGUGAGAUGCUUGGGAUGGGAUUUUUGGUAUAAAUAGGAGGCUUUAGGGCUCCUAAAAUCAUCCUCUGUCCUCCAGUUGCUAUCACAACUUCAAAUCCAACCAGCACCAUGAGAUUCAUCAUUGCUUCACUGUUGCUUGCCUCUGUGGCUAUGGCUGCCGAUAUGGGCAUGAACAUUGCUGGCGGUGCUUAUAACUUCGGAUACAACACUGGAGAUGCUGGCGGACACAGCAGAUCUGAAUCGGGAAGUGCUGGAAACGUUGCUGGCAGCUACAGCUACAUAGAUGCGAACGGCGACAGACGGGUUGUUUCAUAUUCUGCUGGACCACAGGGCUACCAGGCAUCCGGUGACAUCGGUGUUGACAGGAAAACUGCUGCAGCUGCUGCCGCCCUUGCAGCAAUGGCACCAAAGGCUCCAAUUGCACCAGCUCCAGCAGCACCUGGACAUUACGGCGCUCCAUGGGCAGCUCCUGCCCCAAUGUGGGCCCCAGCUCCUCAAGCCAUCAUGGGACCAAGUGGAUAUCAAGCUAAAUGGUGAUUGCUCAGUGGAUCUUAGUCAUUGCUAACUUACCAAUUGGACUUUGGAUUACAAUUUAUGAUUUCUGGUUGCGGUUGGGAUAUCAAAUUGUGGAUUAUGAAGGACUUCUAUUUGAAAAAUUUUCAACAGCUUUAUUGUAAAUUAUUAGGAAAUAAAUUAAUUGCAAUCUUGA